AUGGCGGCCCCAUCUGAUGACACUUCCACUGUGUCUUCGGACACCACCCAGCAGCCCGCUGACAAUGGCACACACACCCCCGGCACAAUCUGCGGCGUGCAUAACGUCUACGAAACAAAGCCCGAUGAGAACGGCGAGACAUCAUGGUCCAAAGAGCUCCCGGAAACCAUCCUCGAUCCCGCGGAAGACGCAGAAUCCGCACAAUACGCCCUGAUCGUACGAAACCAGAAGUGCUACACAGGCCGGAAAAGUCUCUCAAUCCACUCGAUCGUCAUUCAAAGCGAUGCGUUGAAGAAAUACCUCGGCAAGGUGCUAGACGGCUAUCCUGGUGUCACCGUCACCCUAGAACGUCUCGAAUUUUACGCUCCCUUCAAGCCUCUUGUGCACAGGUGGGAGGACUUUGUCAAGGCGCGUGACGAGGAGGAACUCGAUGAGGUUACCAAGGGGCAUGUGGAUCUCUUGUAUACAAUUCUGGAGGGAGAACUGCGCGACAUCCUUGCGAGGAAGAAGGAUCUCAUUCGAAACGGGGUAAUCACCCACCCUCUUUUGUGGACGCUGUUCGAGCCGGAUGAUGUCGUCGUCGCCAAUGUUGGAGGUCGCCAGUGCGCAUACCUCUUCGUCGACGACGCGAUCAACUGUCGGACAAAGGCCGUGCUCCUCGAUGUCAAGUACGUCGAUUUUGAUGGCGACGAUUUCGGAUACCGCGACUACCAGUUCGAGGUCCCCGUCUUCAUUGGCACGACCCCGAUCACAACAUUGCCCGCCUUCCCGCUGCGAUACCAUCCUGACAAGGACGCUAUUAAGGAGAGGCUGAUUGCCCGAGGCAAGAUCUGGGAGCAGCACAAAGGCUACCACUACAAGCAAUAUGAGGGUAUUGCUAUUGGAUUCUUGGAAGACGACGAAACCCGCCGGUACCAUGUGAAAAGCCGCAUUAUCAUUGACGCCGACGCAUUCAAUGUUUUCCACCCACACGAAAGCGUCUCUGUCUGGGGCGAUGUCCCCAACGAGCUGACGGAUGACCACCGACUCGUCGCGUCCCCUGCAGUCUACGGAUACUCCUUGAAAGAUAAGGAGUGGCUGCAGUUCUACCUCGACUGCACGACCGAAAUCAAAUGGGACACAGCAGCCUUCGACGCCCUCGUCCUGCCAAAGGAGCAGGAAAACCUCAAGGACCUCAUUCUCGCCUUCGCCAAGGCCCAGUCCAAGUCGCUGGACCACUUCGACGACGUGGUCCAAGGUAAAGGUCGCGGUAUCAUUAUGCAACUCAGCGGACCCCCAGGCGUGGGCAAGACCAUGACGGCCGAAAGUGUCGCCGAGGUCAUGCAAGUUCCGCUGUACGUCAUGAGCGCAGGUGACCUGGGCAGCGAAGCCUACAAGGUCGAGCGAAGCCUCAAGGACAUCCUCCGCAUGGUGCCGAAAUGGGGCGCAGUCCUCCUCCUUGAUGAAGCAGAUGUCUUCAUGGAAGCGCGUACAGCGACAGACCUCAAGCGCAACGAGCUUGUCUCGAUCUUCCUUCGAAUGCUGGAAUACUACGAGGGCAUCCUCUUCCUAACCACCAACCGCGCCGACGAAAUCGACCCCGCCUUUGAAUCGCGUAUCCAUGUAUCGCUGGCUUACCAGAAUCUGGAUGCGACCUCGCGUCGACACGUUUGGUGUCAGUUCCUGGCUCGGUCGGCGAAUACGGAGGCUUUCUCAAAUGUUCAGUUGGAUCAGUUGGCUGCGGUGGAGUUAAAUGGACGACAGAUUAAGAAUAUGUUGAAGACGGCGGGUCUUUUGGCGUGGUCGCAGAAGAAGGAUUUGAACUUUGAGCAUGUGCAGACGGUUCUGAAUCUGCGGAAGAGCACUGCGCCGUUGUCUGCUUGA